AUGAAGUUGGCUCCAUCCUGUCAGCUCUCACUGCUCCUGCUGACUGUUGUAAGCUUAACAGGUGUGACUGGGAACAGAAUCAUUGGGGGUGUACAGGUGUAUCCCUACUCCAUUAAGUAUCAAGCCUCCCUCCUGUUCAUGAAUUACCACUUCUGUGGAGGCACCCUCAUCCACCCACAGUGGGUGGUGUCUGCUGCCCACUGCUGGAGACCGAGACACCUGAUCCAAGUGGUCCUGAAUGAGCACAGAAUCAACAAAGUAGAUGGCUUUGAACAGUUGUUCAAUGUCUCCUUGGUCAUCAGGCACUACCAGUACCAACACUGGACAUUUGAUAACGAUAUCAUGCUGCUUAAGCUGGACCGGCCAGCCACCAUCAAUGCCAUGGUCGAGCCAGCUCCUUUGCCAACCCCGGAUUCGCCCCCCUUAACUGGCCGUACCCAGUGCACAGUCAGCGGCUGGGGAGUGACCUGGCUCAACAGCUACAGCCUGUCAUCUGUGCUGAGGUCUGUGGAUAUAGACAUCAUCCCCAACUGCUGGUACUACUACUACUUCAGGAUCACAGAAAAUAUGAUCUGUGCUGGCUCCUACCUGGGGGGAAAAGACUCCUGUCAGGGUGACUCAGGAGGACCUCUUGUCUGUGAUGGUAAAUUUGAGGGUAUUGUGUCCUGGGGCAUCGGCUGUGCCUAUGCUUACUACCCUGGUGUCUACACUAAGGUUAGAAAUUACCUCGGAUGGAUCAACUGGGUCAUCCAGAACAGCUGA